AUGUCAGACUUCGAGUCACUGCCUCCAGCAGUACGAAGAAAGUUCUUCUCGAAUGUUGAGCGGUUGCGUAUUCGGCUAGCUCAGAGCGAUCACGGUUCCCCUACGUGCUCCACGUCAAAUUAUCAGACCGAUCAUCGGGUCUAUCGAACCCCUCGUCUUGGGUCUGAGUAUCACUCGCGUGGUUUACGGAACGGAUCUAGGAAGCGAGGGCUCGAGAAACGUUCUUCUCCCUCCAAGAAAUUACGCAAACCCGGUUCUCUUCAAUUGGCCUACCUGGCCGCCCAGGCGGACUCUCAAUGCUUCCAUACUCUCCCCGCUAAGAUUCAACAAAAACUUUUCUCUCCCGAAGAACGGAGACGCUUGAGGAACGCCUAUCGACAAAGUCUCAUCUACGACGCUGCCGACGAAGCUUAUCGUCGAGAUUCUGGGAACUCUCGCCCUUCCACCGACACUCACCCCUCCCAGAAAACUGUGCCUUGUGUUCAGCCAUCGACCGUCUUCUAUUCAGACUCCGAAUCGGACGAAGAGGACCCAAACAUGGAUCAAACAUUCCAUGACAGUUUCCGGUGGCUCGACGAGGAUGGCGAUCUGGACUUGUCUCUCGAUGAAUACCACACUCAUGUGGCAGAUGCUACCACAAGAAAGAGAACCCGCCCCUCUUUCCGCCGCUCCUUAUCCUUUUCCAACCAUCUUCGCAAAACAUUAGAAAUCACCCCCGUUUCAGCUCGGGGACUCCCGCCUGUCAACCAAUCUCAGCCUCUCACCCCUCUCUCCAACCGAACCCCCGAAUCACGCCCAUCAUCCAGCCAUCGAUUCCAACAUGCCCCCAAAUCAUCCACCUCGAACAUUGACCCCUGUGCACAAUACUACCAAGACCCCGAUGCCCGUUUGAAAUUGCGCGUAUACCUGGCAUCCCCACAAAAGUUCGAUGAAGCCAUUGAAUUCGGAUUUCCCUCGCUGGAUCAAAAUAAGGAAAAUAUCGGCCUAGAACCAAUCACACCACAACAGAGUUCACCCAAACCCACCCUGGUGAAUUCGGACUUUGGCACAUUCUUCGAAGAUGACGAUGGCACUAUGGUGGGGAGCCCAGGCGGAUCGGUAGAAAAUGAACCAAUUCCUUCGCCCGUGUUCACACACCGGGAUGCGCCCCGACCCUCGGUGGAAUCAUCAGCUCUCUUGCAGCGACGCCAAUCCUGGAUGCCUGGGGCCAAGGGAGUCCCACAACGGCUUCCGGGAAAUCGUGAGAUGACUCUCAAAAUGACCCUCACUCGACCUGACCUUCGCACCGACUCUCCCACCUCUCCUGCUUCUUCCAAAGAAAAGGAAGAUCCCUUGCGAUUGGCUGCUCUUCCACCCGCGGAUCACAGGCAAUCGAUCUGGGACUCCGACUUGGAUGAUCAAGGUAUGGUGAAGAAGAUGUGGCGCAAGCUCCGACGCCGAGUUUGA